CUACAGCUUUUCACAGACUGGAAUGAUAGCAUGAAAUUGUAGCUUUUCCCUUUUGCUUUUUAGUGUUGUACACAGUUUUAUGCAUAGUGCCCCUUAUCCCACUUUGCUGUAGAAGCUUGCUUUGCACUGUUGUCUUCAUUCUGUUCAUGCUACUAAGCCUCCGGAAUGUCUUUUGCAAAGGGCAAGCCCCCUCAGUGACUCUGCAAGCACUGUCUUUCUAGUUAUAGAGACGUUCCUCUCAAUGUAUGGGACAAGAGGCUUUAGUUGUGCUGCCUGUCUGCCAACUGCAAGUGAGAAGAACUGCUGCUUUGUACUACUUAAAGCAGACUAUUUUCUGGGGGAACUUCUAAGUAGUGGGCCCUUUUAAACAGAAGAUAUCUUAUAUGAAAUCUGGAAAUAUGAGGAUAAAAGAGAUAUCCCUGCGGCAAGACCCAGAUCUUCGAAAGGAACUGGCAUUAUUAGCCCGAGGAUGUGAUUUUGUCUUACCUUCAAGAUUCAAAAAAAGACUCAAGGCGUUUCAGCAGAUUGAGGUUCAACCAAAGAAAGAAGAAUCUCUGAGACCAACAUUAAGUCAGAGCAUCCCAAAAUUUUAUUUUCCUAAAGGAAGUCCAAAAAAUAAUAAUAUAGAUGUUAACAUUUCCAAAAUCGAGACUAUUUUUUCUGUCUUUCCAAAUGAGAGAGCAACUUUAGAAGACAUGGGAAAAGUAACAAAGGCUUGCGAUUGUCCUCAUUACUGGAAAGCACCUUUAUUCUUUGCAGCAGGCGGCGACAGGACCGGAUAUGUGUCUGUCCAUAAAUUUGUUGCUAUGUGGAGAAAGAUCUUGCAAACAUGCCAUGAUGAACCAGCAAGGUUUAUACAGCUGCUAGCAAAACCGGGAUGUAACUAUCUGGAGCAGGAGGACUUCAUUCCAUUUUUACAAGAUGUGGUGAACAGUCAUCCGCAUUUAACAUUUUUGAGAGAAGCUUCAGAGUUCCAUUCCCGCUAUAUUACCACAGUUGUUCAGAGAAUAUUUUACGUGGUGAACAGAUCAUGGUCUGGAAAAAUAACAUGUGGAGAACUCAGGAAAAGUAACUUUUUACAACAUGUGGCAUUACUGGAUGAAGAAGAUAUAAAUCAAUCAACAGAUUAUUUUUCUUAUGAACAUUUCUAUGUCAUCUACUGCAAAUUUUGGGAACUUGACACCGAUCAUGACUUGUACAUAGAUCAAAAGGAUCUGGCCAGGCAUAAUGAUCAUGCCGUAUCAAGUAGAAUUCUAGAAAGAAUAUUCUCUGGAGCUGUAACACGAGGCAGACAAGUGCAGAAAGAAGGGAAAAUUAAUUAUGCAGAUUUUGUAUGGUUUCUAUUAUCUGAAGAGGACAAGAAAACUUCAAUCAGUAUAGAGUACUGGUUUCGGUGCAUGGACCUAGAUGGUGAUGGGGUGUUGUCAAUGUAUGAGCUGGAGUACUUCUAUGAGGAACAGUGCCAAAAGAUGGAGAGCAUGGCAAUUGAGCCCUUACCCUUUGAGGAUUGUCUUUGUCAGAUGUUGGAUCUAGUGAAACCAAAAUGUGAAGGCAAGAUUACGCUCCAUGAUUUGAAGAAAUGCAAACAAGCAUAUCUAUUUUUUGACACUUUCCUAAAUCUAGAAAAGUACCUGGACCAUGAACAAAAAGAUCCAUUCUCUAUUUUGCGGGUUGGCGAAAAUGAAGGUCAAGAACUUUCUGACUGGGAAAAGUAUGCUGCUGAUGAAUAUGCAAUCCUGGUUGCGGAAGAAGCAGCAACCGAGCAAUGGAAUGAUGGAUAUGAUGCUGAACUCAAUGCACUGGAUCCACCCAUGACAAAUGAGCUUAAGUAUUCAGUUGAUAAAAGAUCCUUCUUCGAGAUACCCUCACAUUCUCCAGAUGUAGAUUUGGAAGACUAUGAAUAUGAAGAUGAUUUUGAAUAACUAGCCCUUGUAUGUCCUUGCAGCUGGUCUGCCUCAGCACCUUUUAUGUAUUGUACACAAGAAAUGACAAACUAGAUUAUUUCUAGACUAGAAGCAUGAAUUUAUUCUAAAUGCUACAAUUCAAUGUUUUGUAUUUAUUGCUCAAAAUGAAAUUGCAAAGAGUAUUUAUUGGUAGUUGUGUCUGUUUUUGAUUGCUAAAAUGAGAAGCAGUACAUUGCUGUAAUGUGACUUUCUCAACAGAAGUAUCAUUUGUUUAUUCAGUAACUUUUAAUAUUCAUUUUUUUUUAUUUAUUUUUUUAAGAACAAUCACUGCUACAAAUCCAGGUGUUAAGCAUACACUUGCAAGAUGGCAAUGCAUUAAUAUUAAAGAUAGAUUAGGAAAUAGUGAACAUGAAUGAAAUAGAGGCUGACUUGUCAUACAUUUUGAUUUGAACCAGAGACCUUUACAUUUUGGGGUGAGUGGUUAUAGGUGCAAGGAGAAACGGAUGUUACCUUACAUUUUAAUAAAAGUAGUUUUUUUAAAUGUCUGCAUUUGCCAAGAGACAUAUUCACUUCAUUAGCAGUGUAACUACAUGUACAUUUAAAUACCGUUUUUUUUUUUUAUUUCUGUUUAGGAACUUCAGGUUUAGUUGUCACAUUCCAUAUUUAUAAAAUUUGCCAGAAAGAUAUAAAUCUUAAAUUCAGACUUCUGCAUUAGGAAGUUACCUAAUCGGUCUAAUCUAAAGUACAUUUUUAUUAGAGUGCCUUUAAAUGUACAUAUGUAAAUGUGAAUCUCUUUUUUGAGAUGUUUUUGAAUAUUUUAUUACAGGAUUAAUAACUUUCCUUAAAAAAAAAAAAAGCUGUAAAUGUUUGCUGUGUAAAAAAAAAAAAAUCAAUCUAAAAGAUUAAAAAAAUUGUAUUUCAAAAUAAACUAUUUUUUGCACAAAA